UGCCAAACCUUGUUCCUACCUGGUCCCCCUAAUCUACUUUCUAAGUUUCGCAGCUAUUUGCAUUUGCAUACACCCACAUACCUCAUACUUUAUAUGUGUGUGUGUGUGUCUCUCUCUUUGUACUAAAGAUGUCUCGCUUUCAGCAGCCUUGUGUACUCCGUCGGCCUUUUCCUUUUCUUUUUCCUAUUUCAAACUUACUUAUUAUCUGGGCUUCAACCACUGCUGUUCUUCCUGAUUAUCAUGCCCAAGUAUACCAAAGAGACACAAAGGAAGUCAUCCGCGGUUCCCUACAAGAAGGAAAAAUACGAUUGCCGUAUCUGUCACCGGUCUCAUGCCCUACGAUCUUGCCAAAGGUUUUUGGAAAUGAAAAUGGCAGAUCGUUUGGAAGCAGUUCGAAGGCAUAGUUACUGCUUCAACUGUCUGGCUCAUGACCACUUGGUGGUAUCCUGCUCUAGCAGUCACCGGUGUCACCACUGCAAAAAGAGCCAUCAUACCCUCCUCCACGUCGAUCCGAAACUACGGGAUGCCCUUCUUAAGAGCGAUCGGAAGCAAUCGCGUCCCAACACUCCUGAGCGGAAGUCAAAGGAUUCGUGCCCACCGAGGGAUUUUUCGCCAUCACCGUCUUCUAAGCAGAGGACAUCUCUUUCGGCUAUUCUUCGACAGAACAGCAUUGUGUUGCUUCCUACGGUGCUCGUUAAGGUAAAAGGCAAGUCUGAACGAUCCACAGCCCGGUGCCUUCUCGACUCGGGGUCUCCGGUGAGCAGGAUCUCCAAGAGAUUGGUAGAUUCGUUGGCGCUCACGACAUUGAGCCUGAAAGAGGAGACCAUAUGCCCACUUCGCCUGACCUCCAGAUUCGACGAAACGGUAACCAUUGAAGGCACAUUUCGUGUGAGUAACCGCAUUUCAACGGUGACGCCAGCUGAAUCGCUUCCGGAAUCAUUUAAAAGACAUUUCCCCCACUUAUUCUUUGCGGAUUCGAAAUUUUUCAAAUCGGCCCCGGUGGAUAUUGUAAUUGGUGUCGAUCUUUAUCCCAGGGUCAUCGCAGAGGGUGUAUACGCCCAGAAUGGUUUGCCUACGGCACAAAGUACUAUUUUUGGUUGGGUGAUCUAUGGUGUCUGUUCGCACUGAGCGCACUACAGCGUUCUCAUUAUUCUUCGGUAUCAAUGAAUUUAAUCCAAACUGAAUAAAAGAGUUAUGAAAUGCACUGUUGAUUUUUACUUUACUAGCGAAGCACAAGCUCUAUCUUUUAAACAGGUCCAUUGAGCGGUUUGAUUCAUAGAAGGAUGUCCACUACUGACAAGCUUGCCUUUUCCAUGUACCAGCUGGAUCCUGAUGAUGGAGUGAUCCUUUGGCUAUUCUACGGAGCUAUACAACUAUUAUGUCAACAUUUCCUUUCCUUACUAGAGUAAUUAAAUUCAUAACUAGAGUAAUUAGAUUCAUAACGUCCGUUUUCAUAGAGUU